AUGCCUCUUGUCCUUCCCUCUGUUGCAGUGUCGUCCCCUCAGAUCCCUGAUGCCCAUGUGUUACUCCACGCUGACUGCAAUGAGCAGGAGGUGACGUGUGAACUGAGCCGUUACUCUCCUCAUGGACCCCAGGAGGCUCAGGAAGCGACUCAUUUCCUGGUGUCUCUGAGUGUGGAGGGAGGCGAGUUCAGCAUUGCGUUAAUUCUGAAGACUUCAGUGGUGGAGAGGGACCAUUCGACCCUCAUUCAAAAUAAACUGGGUCUACCUCUCAGUCCCUCUGGAACUCUUCUCACUGAAGUGAUCUUCCUGGUGUUUUCCCACAUAAAGUCUGUGUCCGCUCCUCUGAAAGGAGACGUUCUCCUGUACUGUGGCUUCAGGCAGCAGGAGACCCCCUUAGCGCAGGAAGUGGCCGUUGAAUGGCGACUGCAGCACCGGGGGAAAGGCUGGAAAGUGUUUGAAAUGAAGACGAGGCUGGAUGAUGCAGAGGGGAGCACAGUGGGUGAGUGCUGCCACUGGUACUCUGCUUUAUCUGGAUCAGACAUCCGUUUGACCACAACGGAGAUAUGUACAGCGUUACAACAGCAAAGAUGA